AUGGAAGCCGACCACCAGAUCCCCGGGCAUUCUGACCCAGCCAGACUCGAGAAACAGAUAGCGUCGGAACACGCAUCCACUGCACCGUCACUCCGCUACGCCGCCGGCGAGGCUCCUACCGGCGGAGAGCGACCAACAGUGCCCGACGAACGAAACCUCCUCUCCGAGGCAGAGGCCAUCCAGCAGGCAAGGCAACAUCCUGACGACGAGCGACCCAUCUUCCUCACCUACUCGUUCAACGACAAAGAUAACCCGCGAAACUGGCCAGCAUGGAGGAAGUGGUACAUCACAUGUUUUGUCAGCAUGUUCAAUGUUCUGACGUGCCUUUGUGCCGGGGGUUACAGCUCUGGCAAGGAACAACUCACGGCGCAUUUUGAUGUCUCCCCUUUGAUUGGCACGGUUGGUCUGUCCAUGUACAUUCUCGGAUUCGCCGUGGGACCGCUUCUGCUUGCCCCAAUGUCCGAGUUCUACGGCCGCAACCCUGUCUACAUUCUGUCAUGGUUUCUACUGGUCAUCUUCCAGAUCCCGCUGGCACUUGCGCCGAACAUCGCCACCGUCAUCGCAUGCCGUCUGCUCCAAGGCUUCUUUGGCAGUGCGCCAUUGACUAACACAGGCGGUACCAUCAGCGACUUGUGGGCAAGAGACGAAUGUGGUCCACCCAUGGCCGUCUACGGCCUCUCCAGCACCGGCGGUCCACCCCUAGCCUUGGUCGUCAGCGGCUUUGUCGCAACCUACAUGGGAUGGAGGUGGCUCUUUUGGGUGUACAUGGCCAUCCUUGGUGGCUUCUGGGUCCUGCUCAUCUUCACUGUUCCCGAGACCCGCCAUACCACUAUUCUUGACAAAAAGACCAAACGUGUUCGCAAGCUCCUCCGAUCCGAAGGACUUGCUGCCGCGCGAACAAUACUGGACGCUAAUUCCGAUGAGAAAGAAGGGCUGGCCACUCUCUUCUCCGUGGCGCUGACUCGGCCCUUUCGGUUCUUGUUUACUGAGCCGAUCACGAUGGCCGCAGCGGCCUACAAUGGCUUCAUUUACGGAAUCGUCUAUCUCUUCAACGAAGCCUUUCCUCUCGUCUUCGGACACGGCGGACACGGAUUUAACGCGGGGGAGUGGGGUGCUGCGUUUGUCGGCCUGCUUUUCGGGAGUCUCGUCGCCGCCAUCUUCCACCCAGUUCAGGAAUCGUACUACUUGAAACAGGUCUCUCACAAUGACGGCAAGGGUGUGCCAGAGGCCCGCAUGUUUUUGGCCAGGUUCGGGACCUUCUUCAUCCCCAUUUCGCUUUUCUGGUUUGCAUGGACGAGCUUCCACAGCAUCCACUGGGUCGUUCCCAUCAUCGCUAGCACGUUCUUUGGGGCCGGCAUUUACAUCAUCAUCCUGGCCGUCCUCAACUACAUCGUGGAUUCAUACCAGUCAUACGCCGCUUCUGCCUUGGCUGGGGUUAUCCUGAUCCGGAACUUGGUCGGCGCUGGUUUUCCCUUGUUUGGCGUGCAGAUGUACGAGUAUCUCGGGUUGGAGUGGGCCAGCAGUCUGCUCGCGUUUCUGAGCUUGCCUCUGUGCGCCAUUCCGUUUCUCUACUUCUAUAAAGGAGAAUACCUGCGGCUCAAAAGCCCGUGGGCUAGGGAGCAUUUCGCACAGGAUGAAGAUAGUCCUCACUGA